UUCCUGCACCCAUUGAUUAGAAACGAGACAAGCUCGCAUCGCGUCUUGCGGGAAAUCAAAACCAACACACCUUAUUUAGGCAACGAUUAUCUAUGAUAUAGAACUAUUGUUUUUUAAAAAUGUGUUAUUAUGUCUUACUGAAUAGACUAAUAUCAACAUAAACCAAGCGAUGACUGUCAUGUGCGCGCAUGUAUGAUCAGUUUUAUGGAUGUCACUCGGUCAAGGUCCACGCUCCUGAUGCGAGUAGCAAGACUGGAUUUCUUUCCUUUGGGCCAAAAAGAUCUGACUCAAACAAAUUCCGUUAUUAAAGGGGAGAAUUUAAGAUACUGAUUACUGUUCUACUAUAGAAUGGAAGCCCUCUGGCACUGGAAGGAGGUGGACGCACUGAAACGAGGAGAACUUUGAUUGCCGAAAAUAUGGAUAGAUGCAUGGAUUUGUUCAAAUGAAUGACACUAACGACAUGUACUUCUCAAUCAUGUCAUUUCAGAACAACUAACGUGGAGUGUUUAUAGGAAUACGCAUAUUUGUGAGCUGAAUCGCCCGUAUAAACGGUGAAGGAAAAAAAACAUCUCACGGAUAUUUCCUGUCACAGGGAAAUGUACUUUACCGUAUAAUUUUCGUUUUGAAAGUCAAGUAAAUAUUGUAAUUUACAUACAGUGGCCUAUAAACAUUAUAUGUCACUAUAGCUUACUGAGUUGAUCGAAAACUGUCAGUAUGUCGGCGGUAAUGAUGACACGGAAGGUACGAAAAUGGGAAAAGCUCCCAGGGAAAAACACUUUCUGCUGUGAUGGACGCGUAAUGAUGGCCCGGCAGAAAGGCGUCUUCUAUCUAACCUUAUUUCUCAUCGUUGGCACCUGCUCCUUGUUCUUCGCAUUCGAGUGCCCAUACCUGGCAAUCCACCUGUCCCCUGCCAUCCCGGUCUUCGCUAUCCUCCUCUUCUUUUUCGUCAUGGCCAUGCUGCUGAGGACCAGCUUUAGUGACCCGGGCGUGUUGCCGCGCGCACUCCCCGAGGAGGCCACCUUCAUCGAGAUGGAGAUCGAGGCGACCAAUGGGAACGUCCCGGCUGGGCAGCGGCCUCCACCUCGGAUCCGCAACGUCCAAAUCAAUGGGCAGAUUGUCAAACUGAAGUACUGCUACACCUGCAAGAUCUUCCGACCACCUCGUGCCUCACACUGCAGUAUAUGUGACAACUGCGUGGAUCGCUUUGACCAUCACUGCCCCUGGGUGGGCAACUGUGUGGGCAAGAGGAACUACCGUUACUUCUACCUGUUCACCCUGUCCCUGUCUCUGCUCACCAUCUACAUCUUCACCUUCAAUAUCGUACACGUGGUGAUGCGCUCGGUGAACUCCGGGUUUGUGAAGACACUACAGGACACACCUGGGACUGUGCUGGAAGUGCUGGUGUGCUUCUUCACCUUGUGGUCAGUGGUGGGACUGACAGGCUUCCAUACUUACCUGAUCUCCCUCAACCAGACCACCAAUGAGGACAUCAAAGGCUCGUGGUCUGGAAAGAACCGGGUGCAGAACCCCUACAGCCACAAGAACAUCAUCAAUAACUGCUGUGAAGUGCUGUGUGGGCCUGCAUACCCCAGUGUCUUGGACAGAAGAGGGCUGAUGCGGGAUGAUUUGUCUGUUCCCACAUCCGCUGCCGAGCCUGCCACCAACAGCAAUCCAGUGCCACAGACCACAAAAACUACAGCUCCACUCAUCCCCAACGAGCACACCCCUGACGACGCCAAGCCCAGCAUGGCAGACUCUGCCAUCGCUCAUGCAGAGAAAAGAAGCCCCUCCCCCAGGGAGGAGAAGCUGCCCACUCUACCCAAAUCCUCGCCGACUCCCACCAAAGUCCCGCCCUUGGCCUCACCUGAAACUGACGCGGAGGCCUCAAUUAUUGCCAAGGAUAAGGCACUCUAGCUGCAUGGUGGGGUUUUUUCCUUGCCCCUCCCACAGUCAGUCACAACCUUUCCCUAAAGCGCUCUGUCUGGACCUGUGAGGGAGACACUUUAAUCAGCUGCUAUAUGAGUGAGAAGCAUCUGCCUGUAAUGAGUGGAGAAUAACUGCAAGGCUCUGACUCCCUGCUCAUUCCACCAGAUAUGCAGAGUUGGUGCCCCCACCAAACCUGCAUCCCCCCCUAAGUUAGUGACUGCAGGACUGCUUGAUUGACAUUUACACUCCAGAAGGAUGGUAGCUCGGCACCUUUCUCCUCCCCCUGAACAUUGCAUGGAAAAACACAGAUAAUGGGGAAACUAGGAACUGUGAACCCACUGGAUGCAGAUGACUGUAUAUCCUGGGUAGUGUUCGGCUGAAGGGGUCCUAAAAUACCCAGGCGCCUCUGGAUCGUGGCUACCAGUGGACUCUGGUUGUUAAUGCUACUGUUUCUGUCUUUUGUUUUAUAGCUGUGAUUUUUUUUUUAUGUGAAGAAGCCAGUUCUAAAAUACUUAGCAUUGCAAAAUAUCUGACAAAUACACUUAUUGUAAAGCCUCUAACACAUCCACACUAUUAGUCUGUUCUCAGAACCACACCGAUCAGGCCCCUAUGCAAUCCAUGGGAAGCUGGGCAGUUGGCACAACAUUAGGAUGAUGAGGAAAUAAGGACUGACAGCUAGUUUAGGGUGUUGAACAGUAAAACAUGGCAGAGAAAGGAAACACUAACCAUCGUUUAUGGUUGAGGUACAGAGGCAAACAUUUUGUCUCUCUUCAGUAAGUGAUUCUAAUGAACAUCUCUAGAAAUGUUGAGAUUAAGGUGCCACCUUGGCUACUAUCUUUCCAUUUGUCACACACACACACACACACACAGGGUUGGGGCCGUCAUUAUAAAUUCAGUCAAUUCAGAGGAUAAACUGAAAGGGGAAAAAAAGUUUGAAUGAUCUUCUGAAAUGGCAGGCUGUUUCCAGGGGUACCAUCAGAGUGCCUGUAUUUAGCAUUAGAAGCAGCAACUUUAGUACGUCCCAGGGGGGGGGGGGUCAUUGUUGGGGGCAUUUUCAUUUCAAUUCAGUCCAUUCAGAAAGUAAACUAAAAUUCCUUUUCCAAGUUUGAAAAAAAUCUGAGGAAUUUCCAUUGACCCUCUGAAUUGACUUUAUUUAUAAUUACGGCCCCAACUUGUGUGUGUGAGAGAGACAAGGCCUGAUUGCUGUUGACACUAGUUACAGUGCCUUAUCAAAAAGCUGCGCUGUCACAUGCAACUAUAACUAAGAUGGUCUAGCUACAGAGACCCUUAGACUCCAGUUCAUGGCUUAGCACUCCAAAUCGUACAUGCCAACUGUAAAUAACGUCCCUUUUUAUACAGAUACAAAUGAGACUUGGAGACAGCAGAGAAUGAAGUAAAGCCAUUGUUUAAAUGUAAAUAAUAUAUGUAGGUGUUGAAAAAACUAUUUGGUCUAUUGCUGAUGAAAAGGGAAGAUUGAGAGAAGAGAACCAGGUCGUCUCUGUUUUUGAGUGUAUGUGGCCAGUGUUAGAUUUUUGCCUGUGAAUGAACAUCCACCCUGCUUCUUGCAAGUCAUGCAACUUAUUAAUUUUUCCUCUUAGCUUCCACUGUCAACUUGGUGCCCUUGCUCCUUAUCAUCCACCUAUUGCUAAGGACAGCUUUCAUUAUCUCCAUUCCUCUUCCUCUCUGUGUUUCCCAGGGAAGAUAUUCAGUACACCAGCCAUCUGUGGCAGGCUCAUUAUCAAACUGGAAAAGUGAGACGGCAGCUGCUUUCUCUCUUCUCUUUCUCAUCUGUUCAUUUCACACCAAACGGAGCAGAGGAUUGAGGGUUUGUGGGAGUCGGGCAAGGUGUGUGAGAAUUUCAGCUGCUUUUCAACUAGGCUAGGAUUCACAAAUGACGGUCAGUGACAAUUGGGGGAUAUGUUAAACUGCUAUUGGUUGACAAUGGAGAGAGUUUGUAUUACUCAUUGUGUUGUAUGUAAGGCAGAGUAAUUGUGCUGUAUACUUAUAUAGAAACUCUAGUUAACAAUGUUGAGUCUUUCAGCCAUCUGAUAGGCCCAAGAUGAUCAUUUAUACAUCAAUAGAAUAAUAGUUUAGUAAUCUGAUUUAAUUCAUAUAAAGGAUUGCAGCGCUACUGUAUAUGGCCAAGCAGUAUGUUUAAACUUCUGUUAAUUUGAUUUGAUUUCACAAAUCUAAUCCGUUCCAGUGUAGUUGAAUUAGGAAUGUGAGUAGGGGAGUUACUAGUUGUUACAAUUUACACUCAAUAACAUUACAACAGUAACCCAGACUCUAUCCUGAUUUGAACUAUAAGUAAACACAACCAUCUAGGCCCUUGCAGUGUUUUUAUCACUAUUUUAAUUGUGCUCAGAAGGUGUAGGGUGAGGUUUCCCAAGAUGCAGAUCUUGAUUCAGAAUUUUACUUACUAAUGGUUAAGGUUAGGAUUGGAGGACGGUAAGCUGAUCCUAAAUCUGUACCUAGGGGAGAUUUCACCCCAGAGCUGCCGAUAAUGGAAGCUGCCUUUUUGAAACAGACAACAAAGGGAUGUUUUAAUCAAAAAGUGGGAAAGAUUAUUUUCUGAAUUUCUAUGUAUGCAAUUGUGAGAAGGCCUUUCGGGAAAUGUCUUCUAUUGUAAUCAUUUUUUCCCCCCAAAACCUUUUUUUAAUCUUUCGGAGCAGGCUUUACCCUCAAACCAAUCUUCCUAUCAAUUGAAGUUGAAAGAGUUUUUUUGUCCCUGAAUAGUUUUGGGUUCUGGACAGUUGUAAAGAUUCGCUCUCGAUAGAUAAUUCCCUGCUGUAUUGCUUCAAUGGAGAGUGACUGUACUUGUGAUUAACUAAUGACAAGAGGAAUGUUCAUGUGAAAGUUUAAGCCGGUUGAAGGCUAAUUGAACAGAUCGGACUCUUUUACUAUGUGCUCUAUAUAUCUCUAUGGGUAUAUAGUAAUAUUACAUCAAAUGACCUGAGACGUUUGGAAUUGUUUAUCUCAAUGUUGAGUAAACGUUUGGAUGUAUGAUUUGGAUUUAUGUUACAUGUGCACGACGAGGGUCUCCGAUCAGAAGGCUCCGAUCUAGAUAUGACAGUACAUAAUGCAUACAGUACAGAUACAAUCCUACUGAUGGAAUUAUAUUUAUGUUCACUUUGUUUAGUAAUAGCACUGUGAUUAUUUAUAUUUCAUGAUAUUUCCCUCACUUUUUACAUGAUUGAUUGGCGUAUCUGGUAAUUAAAUUAUAUUGUCUUAUUAAUAAUGUUGUCUCUGAAUAAUUGCAUGGAAAGGAUGUUUCAAGCAGACAAAAAUCUGUCAAAUAAUUUGCAUACAGGGAGGGGCCAGGAAAUCUGUUCACAAUCCAGACUCAGUGGAAGGGACACAUUUAAAUACCAUUUUUAGAAGCAGAAAACAUAGAACAGCUAGUAAUUGUGUCAUCUUGAUCAGAUCAUGAAAACCACUGCAACAAUAGAACAUGUGACCUUCUGAUCCCUAUCUCAGUGACUACUUUUUAAACAUGUGUAUUUGUGCGUAUCAACUUUCUUUUUCAGGACCCUGUCUUUCAAAGAUAAUUUGUAAGAAUCCAAAUAACUUCAGAUCUUCAUUGUAAAGGGUUUAAACACUGUUUUCCAUGCUUGUUCAAUGAACCAUAAACAAUAAAUUAACAUGCACCUGUGGAA